AUGUGUGGUUCAUGUGUCCCAAAGAUACAGUGUAGAAUAACUGCUGCUCUUGCAGUGAGCUGUUAUGUUUAUCAACUUUACACUUGCAAAGAUCUUUGUAACGUUCCCAUUAGCGCGGAGGCUCUUGAAAGACAUGGAGAAGGUGUUGCUGACGUUGUUACUAUGGUACCCACUCUGUAUUCAUGCGGUACUAUUCAGAAUGUUGUUGUUGAAAUGUAUCUUCAUCAAUAUUUUUCCCACAAAGAAAGCGUGCUUUUCGUGGACACGUUGAUGACUACACUUGAUUCUCUUCAAGAAAACGCCCGGCGUUGUGAUUCAUUCAAUAAAACAACGCUCGUCAUCCUAUAUAUCAACGAAAUUGGUGAUUUUUGCGGUGCACUUGUUAAGAAACAUCGGCGGAGAAGCACCGGUGUAAUUUUCGAAUUUGGUUCUAGAGCUAAUCACUGUUCUUCUCUAGAUUUCUUAACUCAUACGGCGGAAUUGCAUGGGCAUGUCGAUUGCCGGUUCAAUGUCUUUGCUCAGUCUCCAUUUGUAUUCACUCACCGAAGUGAAUUUGCUUUAGCUGUUGGUUAUUGUGUAAGUCACGGUACUACCGAGCUUUCUCAGCGUGGUUUACGCCAGUUUAGCAAACGACUUUUUGACGUUACAUUUUGUGGAGGUAGUAUCCCAUCUGUAAAUACAGAAAAUGUAGACGACACGUUGCUUCCGUUGGUAGAGUUCACUGACGAAGAAUCUGACUAUGAAACAAUCGACGGUGUAAAAGUAGCAUUGCAUUUGGGGGCUAUGGAUAAGGUUUGCCAGUACUGUGGGGCUUUUUCAUUCAAAGGCGAGAUCAAAUCUCUAUGUUGUAAUGGCGGUACUUGUAUGGUACCUAAUAAGAUAUUUUCACCUAGAAAAGAUCCUUUUGGGUUGGCUUUGGAUUCAAGCACAAGAGGACGAAAAGUUGUAUUGCAUGCUUCGUGCUAUAAACAAUCUCGUUGCGUUUGCAGGUCUUAG